CCGAAGAACAUCAUAUGUGGCGGCGUGGAUGAAAGCUUGUGUUGUUUUCACUUGUCAGAUAAGAACACAAAAUCUUUAAAGCUAUAUUCAUUCACUGUGAUGUCAGUCUUUCUGCAAUAUCGGUAGCAUCCUUACUGUUGCGUCCUUCAAACACACAACAUAGUUAGUUUUUCCUUUUACUUUCUUUUUAGCAGAGCCACACUUGUAUUGUAUGGAUGUGAAGAUUUUAUCUUUGUGAAUGUGUAUUUUGGAAUUUUCAUGUGGUAGUUUGUGUGGUUCUUGGGUAAUAUGGGGAAUUUCAAAAAUCUUACUGUUUCUCUCUUUCUUUUAUUAAAAAAAAACAAACCUUUCUUGUUUUGAUGGAAUUUUUGGUUUUUGUUUCUUUUGUUUUUUUGUUAAACUUAUAUUUGAAAAUUAGGUUUAAUGUGAAUUCUGAAUUAGGGUAAAUAAUGCAUGAACGUUCCAGGGGGUAAGGAAAGUUGUUUUAGGUGGUAGAUCUUUCUUGUUUUCAUUUUUAUAAAUUUCAAAACUAAGGACAUCGUUUUGGAUGCAUUUUUUAUUUUUGAUCCAGUGGACUGCUUAUAAAACUUCAUAUGUGAGAAGAAGUGAUUGUUUCUGCAACACAUGUUUCAUUUUAUAUAUUUACGAAGCAUCAAAUUUACUAAAAUGAAAGGAAGCUUGGAUGUUCUAUGAAAAAUGAUCAUUAUCGCAAGUAUCAUGAUACAUAAAUGAACAUACCGGUAAAUGAAUGUGGAAAUGUCAGAAUUUGAUUUGUGACUCUAAUUUUGGUGAUAGUGAUAAUAUUUUUACAUUUUACAUUGAACCUGAUUGCUUUUCAAAACUAUUACUAGGUUGACAGUUCAUCCUGGUUUGAGUAAUUUAGUCUAGUUUUGAGCCAUUGGAUUAUUCAAAUGUUUCAGUGACUUCCCUUCAUCUUGUAGUUUAGUGUUGCAACCAUAUCGAUUUUGUUUCUCUAACACUUCCCUUAAUCUUGUAGUUGAAUGUUGCAAACAAGUCAAUUUAUGCACUCUUUCAUAUUUGAAUGUUUAUUUACAGAGUAGGAAUUCUCAAAAUAAGAGUAGAAGUUGCUGGAAAGAUACAUCUUACAGAGAUAGUAGUAUGAGCCAGUUCAAUUACAAUGACCAAGUUCCUCAUUAUGGUGGGGGUGUCCAUUCUGCUGGCGGUGGGUACUUACCACAUCAAACUUCUAGACCAAUGUUUUCUACUAUAGCCCCAACACCACAGUCACCAUCAUUGAUUUGGUGUGAACUUUGUGAGGUUAAGUUGAGAAGUUACAAAAAUAUGAAAGAGCAUUUGAAUGGAAAGAGACAUCAAGGAUUGUUGAAACUACACGAGGAAUCAAACAGAGAAGAAAUUUCAAAUGGACAACAGAGAGGACAGUUGCCAAAUUCUCAAAUGAAUUCAGUAGUUGAACCUAAGCCCGUUCUUAAAUCUGAGAUACUUGGAUGCCUGGUAGAAAAUGUGAGUUCUGAAGCUACUGCUGCCAAGCACAAGAGUUGCCUGGGGAAAUAUAUUGGGAAACCCAGUGAUAACUUUGGUGCACAAGGUCAUGAUUUCAAGCGUAAGACUGCCGGAGCCACAGGAGGUAAAUACAUGAAGACAAAUAAUGCGAUAAGAGAGCCAAUGGAUUCAUCAAAACUUGAUGUGAAUGCUCUGUCAAGUUAUGUAGAACCUGUUGUCCAAGUACCUGCUGCUGAAGUUUCAGCUAAAGGGCCUGAAGGGAAACCUAGGGAUAACUUUGGUGUACAAAGUCAUGGUUUCAAGCAUAAAAUUGCAGAUGCCACAGGAGGUAAAUACUUGAAAACAAAUACUUUAAUAAGAAAACGAAUGGAUUCAUCAAAGCUUGAUGUAAAUGCUCCAUCAAAUCAUGCAGAACCUGUAGUCCAAGUAACUGCAGUAGCACCACCAUCAGGUCCUGUGGCUUCUCAGAUUAAGGCUCCAACACCUGUUGUAGGAUCAAGUUUCGAGCUACAGCUUCAACAUGUCUCAGCCUCUGAGACACAAGUGUUAGAAGGCAAAAAACAUCAUCAGAUUCAAAAUCCUGCUUUCGAAACAAAUGUACAGCCACAAUCAAUCUCUGUGGAGUUGAAUGCCCCAGCAGGUUCUAAUAUUAGAACUCAAACUGAAGAUUUGAGUUCUGCUUCUACUGCAAUAGCAAUAGCACCACCAAAAGAGCCUAUGCUAUCUCAGGUAUUGGCAUCAGAAGCAGCAGUGGGAUCAAGUUUUGAAUCACAUACUGAAACAGAACCCCUAGGAUCAGAAGCCAUAGCACAUUAUGAGAGCCAAAAUCCUACUGACAAAUCAAAUAAUCAACUGCUAUCACCUGUCUUGAUGGAGUUCGAUGGCCCUUCAGGUUCUGGUUUUAACACCCAAACUGCAGACGGAAGUUCAAAAGCUGAAGAAAAGAUGGAUGUUCUCACCACUAAAUUCGGGUUAACUCAGUUGUCUCAGGUAACUGUUUGUCUUACUUGUGGCGAUGAGGGCUUUCCGGAGUUGUUGAAUUUUUGUGAAACGUGUCAGGUUUAUGCAGUGCAUAGGUAUUGUUUAGAUGGGCCUGUGGAUUAUACUGGUGAAGUCACUUGGUUCUGUGAAGAUUGUGAUGCAAAGGUAGUAGACACAUCUUCUCAUGAUCAAAGUAAAGCCAGAAUAGAGGUAACAAAUUGCAUGAAGAAAGUAAGGAAAAACAAGCAACAACAAAAAGCUGAUUCUAGUGAGGGGCAUGUGACUGUUACUGAACCACAGCCUAUUGCUGAUCCAGUGUGGAGGGGAAGCUUGUACUUCUGUGACCAAAGUAUUGAUAUUUUCAAUGGACUUCUGGCCCAUUUGUCCAAUUUAGCAUGCCCCCAAGUCCAAGAGGAAGCAAGACUUCUCCCUGAGGUGCUUCGUGUGGACUUGCUUGAAAGAUCUGAAGUAUGGCCAAAGUAUUUCAAGGAAAGUGGACCAAAUGAGGAGAGCAUUGCUCUUUAUUUCUUUCCUGAGAAUGAAUGCAAUGAGAGGGCCUUUGACGAGCUGGUUGAUGAGAUUAUUUACCAUGACCUUAUCAUAAAAGCUGUGGUUAAAAAUGCAGAGCUUUUAGUUUUUCCUUCUACAGUGCUCCCAAUGCAACACAGGAGAUUUCAAGCAAAGUAUUACUUGUGGGGACUCUUCAGAGAAAAGCAAACUUCUCCUUAGUCUAAAACUUUUCAUAACCAUAGUACCUCUAAUACUUUUUAGGCCUAGUGGUGUGGUUCUGUUUCCAAUGAACGGUACUCCUGUUUCCCUAGCCAUUGAAUUCAUCAGUGUGUAUCUAUUCAGUUUUACUUAACGUUUUUGAGAAAAUAUGGUAGCAUGUUGAGAAUUUUGAACUAGAGAGGAUAUGAUCGAUGGCCCUGGUUAACAUUUUUGCUCCUGCAUUAUUUGUGAUGACAAGAG